UUUUGGGGCUAAAGUUAGUGGCUGCAAGCCCAACGCUACGAGCUGUCCCGUCCUACUUAGAGAAACUUAAGUAACUGCACGUACAUAGACAGAUAGCACGAGUCUACACACACACACGGGACACAUCAGACGCGGGGCUGCGCAGCCUCCCUGCUCCACUACCCCCGCCCACUCCUCUCGAGACUCUCCCGCUACUCCAGCUCCCACCCUUGAGGAAGUCGCGCGCUCCUUCCGCCUCAUCCCGCGCUUCGCAGCCGCGGCCAUGGACAGUUACAGGCUCUUUCUGGCUUUACUGAGCGCGGCGCUCGCGGUCGGAUUCGUCUCCGUCGUCUUCGUGCUCAGAUGGGUCUUGCACUUCAAGGAGGGUCUGGCGUGGGACGGAGGACUGGCCGAGUUCAACUGGCACCCCGUCCUCAUCGUCACCGGCUUCGUGUUCAUCCAGGGAAUCGCCAUUGCGGUAUACAGACUGCCGUGGACAUGGAAGUGCAGCAAGAUCAUGAUGAAGUUCAUUCAUGCUGGCCUAAAUACCUUAGCCUUCAUCAUGGCUGUCAUCUCCCUGGUGGCGGUCUUCGACUUCCACAACGCCCAGAACAUCCCCAACAUGUACAGUCUGCAUAGCUGGGUGGGGCUGGCAUCUGUCAUUCUGUAUGGACUGCAGUUGCUUCUGGGUCUGUGCAUGUACCUGCUGCCAAUCACCCCAGUGUACUUGAGGGUGGCCUUCAUGCCACUACAUGUUUACAGUGGCCUUUUCAUCUUCACCAUUGUCAUUGCCACCUGUUUGAUGGGAAUCACAGAAAAGCUAAUUUUUGGGCUCAAGGAUCCUAAGUACAAGGACUCCCCACCAGAGGCAAUCUUUGUGAAUGCUCUUGGAGUGUUAAUCACGGUGUACGGUGCACUCAUACUUUGGCUUGUUACUCGGCCUUCGUGGCAGCGACCCAGGGAGAUACAGCACCAAAUCCAACGUGGCAGUGGUGAGGAAGCUGCAGACUCCAAAGUGGGCACCACUUUGUCUGUGCUCAGCAAAACCAGUGGGGACAACCCCGAGGGUGGAUGUGAUGCCCGCAAACGGAACUGCAAACUCGAGGAGUCCGGUCAGAGAUCAACCAUGUGACAAGAUUUUUUUUUUUUAAAAAAAAGGCUCUAUUCUCGAGCCACUUGUAUUAAGAUUACUUAACAUGGCCCAAGGGAAAUGCUGGACAAGCAUACAUUUUUGCCCUCUAGAUUGUGUUUUUAACUACUGAUUUUUUCCAGUCUCAGAAUUUGAAUUUUUGACAAAAUGUUGAUAUAUUACAUGUACAAAUUGUUUAAUUUUUCUAACUGUUACACCGUUUGUUCCAAAACUCAACUGUUUCUUUUUAAUUUCCCUAUAUCACGUUAGGAACUAAUGAUGUUAAUUUUAAUUGUUUACCGACAUUUUAUCUUAUUUCACAUCAGUACAUCGGCAU